CGAUCGGUCGUGCUCCGCUCCUCGCGUUUUUCCAGUUUCACUUCCAGUGUCGAUUUUUCACUGUUGGAGGCGCGUGCUUAAACGGUAAACAGCGAGAAGAAUCGGUCGGAAGAAGAGUGAGGCCGGGAAGACUGAAGACUGACAGCCUCUUCGCGGAGACGAGGAAUUUCCCGUGGCAUUUGCCACCCAAAUGUUAGACGAGUUAAUGAAGUGCAAAAAUGUUUGUCGACUGAGUUGUUGCUGCUGCCAAAUGAACACGAAGGCGCCGUCAACUUUGUGAUUUGCGGUUGCAUUCUGCAGAAGAUACAAGCUCCGGCUCGGGCAAUCUCAAGACCCUAGAAAAAGACAGCCUGUGGUUUUUGACCCUGUCGCUUUCGGCAGCAAAGUGAAAAUUGCUCGGCAGCCGAGGAAAAGCGGAAAAUCUGCGACUUCUUCUGCGGUGUCAAGUGAGAAGACGACCUGGCGAUUCUCCUGCGGAUUAGUGGCACACUUACCCACAACCAGCACCGUUGAAAACCAUAGCCCUCCCUCGGAGUUGGAGACCAGAGAGCCCAAACGCACCGUCAUGGAACCCACGCCCACACCCAAUAUGCUGUAAGCAGUCCCACUGAACUUGCAUCUUAGACUCCGCAUCCGCAUCUACAUCUGCAUCUGAUCUGCAUCUCACUGACUUCGCAUCUGCAUCUGUACAAAGCCAUUCCAUUAACCCACAACCGAGUAACCAGAGUAAUCCGCAUCUCCAACGACUCCAGCAAGCAGAUCCUGCUGAAGAAUCAUCAGGACGCUAUUCUGCAGCUCCACGGUCAUUCUCCGUCGCUUCCCCUGUCCUUUGGCGCCGCAUCGAUGGCGGACAGCAGGGAACGGAUUCGUGGACCCUCCAGGGAUGGUCGCGAGUUCCUGACCAGUCCGCGUCAGGUUCUUCGUCGGCUGAUGCUCCUCUCGGAGGGCAGACAGUACAGGGAGGCUGCUGGCGUGGUGGGCAGACUGGGUCCCUCGGUUCUCAGAUCAGUGAUCGCUGAGCUUCCGCUGGACCUGCUGCUGGAGCACCUGCCUCACAGUGCCUACCUUCUGGAGUCUUUCUUUACCAGAUUGACCACCCUGAACACCACUCCCAAGCCAGAUGUGCCUAGUGAAACGGUGGCCUGGCAGUUGGUGCGUCUGUUCGCUAAUCCCCAUGAAUCAGGACUCCGGCAGAGAUGCACUCGACUCCUGCAGGCCUUGGCUCAGUACGAACCAGGGCUCCGGCAGACUUUGAGGGAAAGAAGACGCAGUUUUGAUAACGCUGUACAAGGUCUUGGGGUCCAUGGACUGACCACCGAUGCCUCGGGUCAGCUUAUUUCCCUACAUGUAGCCCUGAAAACCGAGCUGCAACGCCAUGUGGAUACCUACAAGAUGGCCAUUCACAAGCUGGAGGAGCUGAGCAUGGUGACUGUCAACCAAGACCCUGCUCACUCCUCCCAUCAACGAUUGUUGGCCAUCAAUUAUGGGGAUAUUCAGCAGCGACUGAUCGACAACAAGACCCUGCUCACAAUGCUAGACAAGCCGGCUCUCAAGCAGCUCCAAACCCUGGUCGAGAACCUCAGCACGCGGGUGGAGAACGACAAGGAGGUGCUCACCUGCGUGGGUCAGGUGCGUCGUCUGGACGCACAGGCGCUCGUGGAGAAACGCCCUGCCGCCGGUCUGCUGAUGAACUUCUCCCGCGGCUGCGAGGUGGUGCUCCACAUGAUGGGCCCUGAAGGAGGUCCUCCGGGCUCCUCCCACUCCAUUGGAAAGACCACUCCCCCAGGCGGCGCUAGCACGAGCAGCUGCAGCGAUGGAUAUCACUCGGACGACUCUGGAAGCGAUGACAGCAGCGAAAUGGUGUCGCUCUAUCGGAAUCUCUACGUCGAGAACCGAGCGGACGCCUUGGAGGCGUUGGACAGUCUUCCCCAGAUAAAACACGCGCACAGCCUCAAGGGGAAGAUACUCUUCUCCAUGAUCGUGCUCUCCUUCCGCCUGUGCCACGGAAUGCGGGAGCGAAAGGUCCUGGAAGUUCGGCGAGUCCUGAAUUGCCCCUUGGACAGCAGCAGUGAGACCACCUUGUCCCUGGACAGAUCCGUUCGCCAGCACCUCUUCGAGACCGCCGAGAGUUUCCCGUUGGGCGAGAUCGAGCGGUCGGUGUUCAACCAGGUGCUAUCUACUCUGCACGAGUACCCCUGCCUGGAGUCCUGCCCCCCGUUGACGCACUACGUCAGUGCCUGUGUCCGACUGGCCUGGAGGAUGAUCAACCAGAAGGCGCCGUACUACCUGGACAUGGACUUCAACCUGGGUUUCCUGAGGCCCGAGAAACACGAGCGGCAUCCCCAGGCGGACCGGCGAUCGGAUCUGAUAAAAGCCUUCCUCUGGCCCGCCCUGAUGCAGAACAACCAGUGCGCCUUCAAGGCGGUGGUGGCCACCUGAGCAUCGUCUUAAGCUAACCCCAUUUGUACAUACUUGCCCUCUCUUAUGCAAUAAAGAUUUGACCCCU